CUUCAGGGCCUAUCCCGAGGCUGACAAUAACCUAUCCAAUGGUCAUUUGCACUGUCCACUGACAGCCUGUGAUUCUCGACGUGAACGGCGGCAGUUUCUUCCUUGGGGACAUUAUGGGCACCAAGUAACUGCUGGAAUCUGUAGUUGUUUCUUAUACGUCUGGGAGCUGUGUGUGCGGGUGGACUAGAGAAAAGAGCAGGCAAUGUACACACGUGUCCCCUACACCCGCCCGUACGCGGUCCAGUCCCGGAGCACGCGAGGGCGGAAGUGGUGAUGGCCGGCGCGGCCGGAAGUUCGGAUCAGCUGAUGGGGGAGGCGGUGCCGCAGCCGCCUAGAGGCCCUGGCCGCCCAGCGCUUCGUCCCGGCCUCGAGUCUCGCAGACUGGCCACAAUCCCCGCUCUCACCUCGCUGUUGGGUGAGGCCCGGCCCGGUGUCCCUCCCAGGCCUGAGAUCCUCGCCCGGCACGGCCGCCCUGAGCGCCCCGGCCACCCCCAGCCCCGGCUCGCCCCUCAGGCCCCGGGCCUCCCCUCAGUCCCCGGCCGGCGGCCCAGGCCCCGGAUCCGCGGGGGGAGACCCGGCCCCGGGGGGUGCGGGCCCCAUGGAGCUGAUGUUCGCGGAGUGGGAGGACGGCGAGCGCUUCUCGUUCGAGGAUUCCGACCGCUUUGAGGAGGAUUCACUCUGUUCGUUCAUCUCCGAGGCCGAGAGCCUUUGCCAGAACUGGCGAGGAUGGCGCAAACAGUCAGCGGGGCCCAAUUCCCCCACUGGAGGCGGUGGCGGAGGUGGCAGUGGCGGUACGAGAAUGCGAGAUGGAUUGGUAAUCCCAUUGGUGGAGUUGUCAGCAAAGCAGGUGGCAUUUCACAUCCCAUUUGAAGUGGUGGAAAAAGUUUAUCCGCCAGUGCCUGAACAACUCCAACUCCGGAUUGCUUUUUGGAGCUUCCCUGAAAAUGAAGAGGACAUUCGUCUGUAUUCAUGCCUAGCCAAUGGCAGUGCGGAUGAGUUCCAGCGAGGGGAUCAGCUGUUCCGCAUGAGGGCUGUGAAAGAUCCACUGCAGAUAGGGUUCCAUCUGAGUGCCACAGUGGUGCCACCGCAGAUGGUCCCCCCCAAAGGGGCCUACAAUGUGGCUGUGAUGUUUGACCGCUGCCGGGUCACCUCCUGUAGCUGUACCUGUGGCGCUGGGGCCAAAUGGUGCACCCAUGUCGUGGCCCUCUGUCUCUUCCGCAUUCACAACGCUUCUGCAGUCUGUCUGCGGGCUCCAGUCUCAGAGUCCCUGUCUCGGCUACAAAGGGACCAGCUUCAGAAAUUCGCUCAGUACCUUAUCAGUGAGCUCCCUCAGCAGAUACUCCCCACAGCUCAGCGGCUCCUAGACGAACUCCUCUCUUCCCAGUCAACAGCCAUCAACACAGUCUGUGGAGCUCCAGACCCUACAGCAGGGCCCUCAGCUUCAGAGCAGAGCACUUGGUAUCUGGAUGAGUCAACACUCACUGACAACAUAAAGAAGACGUUGCAUAAGUUCUGUGGCCCCUCUCCCGUGGUCUUCAGUGAUGUAAACUCUAUGUAUCUGUCUUCCACGGAACCUCCUGCCGCUGCUGAAUGGGCAUGUCUGUUGCGCCCUCUGAGGGGCCGAGAGCCUGAGGGUGUCUGGAACCUGCUUAGCAUUGUUCGAGAGAUGUUCAAGCGGAGGGACAGCAAUGCUGCCCCUCUGCUAGAGAUCCUCACUGACCAGUGUCUCACCUACGAACAGAUAACGGGCUGGUGGUACAGUGUGCGCACCUCAGCCUCACACAGCAGCGCCAGUGGUCACACAGGCCGCAGCAAUGGGCAGUCAGAGGUAGCAGCCCACGCAUGUGCAAGUAUGUGUGAUGAGAUGGUCACACUGUGGAGGCUGGCCGUGCUGGACCCUGCCCUCAGCCCUCAGCGCCGCCGGGAACUGUGCGCUCAGCUGCGUCAGUGGCAGCUGAAGGUCAUUGAGAAUGUCAAGCGGGGACAGCACAAGAAGACCCUGGAGAGGCUCUUCCCUGGCUUCCGGCCAGCAGUGGAGGCCUGCUACUUUAACUGGGAAGAGGCCUACCCCCUUCCCGGUGUCACCUACAGUGGCACCGACCGGAAGCUAGCCCUGUGCUGGGCCCGGGCUCUGCCUGCUAGGCCCGGAGGCUCUCGAUCUGGGGGCCUGGAAGAGUCCCGACCCCGACCUCUUCCUACUGAGCCAGCUGUGAGGCCCAAGGAACCUGGGGCCAAGCGCAAAGGAUUGGGUGAGGGGGUCUCCUCACAGCGGGGUCCCCGCCGCCUCUCUGCUGAAGGAGGAGAGAAGGCUCUGCAUAAGAUGGGUGCAGGUGGGGGCAAGGCCAAGGUCCUGGGUGCGACCGGCAGUGGGGGCAAGAGCUCGGCAGGCAGUGGCAGCAAACGGCGGCUGAGCAGUGAAGACAGCUCCCUGGAACCAGACCUGGCAGAGAUGAGCCUGGACGACAGCAGCCUGGCCCUGGGUGCAGAGGCCAGCACCUUUGGUGGAUUUCCUGAGAGUCCUCCUCCCUGUCCUUCGGUUGGCUCCCGAGGACCUUCCACCUUCCUGCCCGAGCCCCCAGAUACUUAUGAGGAAGAUGCUGGUGUGUACUUCUCAGAAGGACCUGAACCUCCCACAGCCUCUGCUGGCCGCCCUAGCCUGCUGCCCGGGGAGGUCUGUACCCGAGAUGACCUCCCUUCCACAGACGACAGUGGCAGUGGGCUCCACAAGACUAAAGAAGCGGCUCCUGCAAUUGGAGAGGAGGAGGAUGACUACCAAGCGUAUUACCUGAAUGCUCAGGACGGGGCUGGAGGCGAGGAGGAGAAGGCCGAGGGCGGGGCUGGGGAGGAACAUGACCUGUUUGCUGGGUUGAAGCCGCUGGAACAGGAGAGCCGAAUGGAGGUGUUAUUUGCCUGUGCUGAGGCCCUGCAUGCCCAUGGCUACAGCAGUGAGGCCUCCCGCCUCACCGUGGAGCUUGCCCAGGACCUGCUAGCCAACCCACCUGACCUCAAGGUAGAGCCGCCCCCUGCCAAGGGCAAGAAAAACAAGGUAUCCACAAGCCGUCAGACCUGGGUGGCCACCAACACCCUUACCAAAGCAGCUUUCCUGUUGACCGUGCUCAGUGAGCGCCCAGAGCACCACAACCUGGCCUUUCGAGUUGGCAUGUUUGCCUUGGAGCUCCAGCGGCCCCCUGCUUCCACCAAGGCCUUGGAGGUAAAGUUGGCAUAUCAGGAAUCUGAGGUGGCUGCUCUGCUCAAGAAGAUCCCUCUGGGUCCCAGUGAAAUGAGUGCCAUGCGGUGCCGGGCAGAAGAACUGCGGGAGGGCACACUCUGUGACUAUCGGCCUGUGCUGCCCCUCAUGUUGGCCAGCUUCAUCUUUGAUGUUCUCUGUGCUCCAGUGGUUUCUCCCACGGGUUCCCGGCCCCCAAGUCGCAACUGGAAUAACGAGAUGCCUGGAGAUGAGGAGCUGGGAUUUGAAGCGGCAGUUGCUGCCUUGGGCAUGAAGACAACCGUGAGCGAGGCAGAACAUCCCCUCCUCUGUGAAGGCACACGCCGGGAGAAGGGUGACCUGGCCUUAGCCCUCAUGAUCACUUACAAGGAUGACCAGGCCAAGCUCAAGAAGAUCUUAGACAAACUCUUGGACCGAGAAAGCCAGACACAUAAGCCACAGACACUGAGUUCUUUCUACUCAUCUAGCCGUCCGGCCACAGCCAACCAGAGAUCUCCUUCAAAGCACGGGGCCCCAGCAGCGCCCGGGGCCCUGCAACCUCUGACUUCAGGCUCCGCAGGGCCUGCUCAGGCAGGGAAUGUGACCGGGGCUGGGCCAGGUCCCACUGAGGGCUUCACAGAGAAGAGUGUGCCUGAAAGCUCCCCACAUUCCCCCUGUGAGGGUCUCCCACCUGAGGCAGCUCUGACCCCACGGCCGGAGGGGAAGGUUCCUAGCCGCCUGGCUCUUGGCAGUCGUGGAGGCUAUAAUGGUCGAGGCUGGGGCUCCCCGGGGCGGCCCAAAAAGAAGCACACAGGCAUGGCCAGCAUUGACAGCAGUGCCCCGGAAACUACGUCGGACAGCUCUCCCACCCUAAGCCGAAGGCCGCUUCGAGGGGGCUGGGCCCCUACUUCCUGGGGUCGAGGACAAGACAGUGACAGCAUUAGCAGCUCUUCCUCCGACUCCCUGGGCUCCUCAUCCUCCAGUGGAAGCCGCCGGGCCAGUGCCAGUGGAGGGGCCCGGGCCAAGACGGUUGAAGUUGGCAGGUGUUACAAGGGCCGCCGCCCUGAGAGUCAUGCCCCCCACGUACCCAAUCAGCCGUCAGAGGCAGCUGCACACUUCUACUUCGAAUUGGCGAAGACAGUUCUGAUCAAGGCAGGGGGCAACAGCAGCACCUCCAUUUUCACGCAUCCAUCUUCCUCAGGAGGUCAUCAGGGUCCUCACCGCAACCUGCACCUUUGCGCCUUUGAGAUUGGGCUUUAUGCCCUUGGCCUGCACAACUUCGUCUCUCCUAACUGGCUCUCCCGUACCUAUUCUUCCCACGUGUCCUGGAUUACAGGGCAGGCAAUGGAGAUCGGCAGUGCAGCCCUGACUAUACUGGUGGAAUGCUGGGAUGGGCAUCUGACACCCCCUGAGGUUGCUUCACUGGCUGAUAGAGCAUCACGGGCACGAGACUCCAACAUGGUGAGGGCAGCGGCAGAGCUGGCUCUAAGCUGCCUGCCUCAUGCCCAUGCACUGAACCCCAAUGAAAUUCAGCGAGCCUUGGUGCAGUGCAAGGAACAGGAUAACCUCAUGUUGGAGAAGGCCUGCAUGGCAGUGGAAGAGGCAGCCAAGGGUGGGGGUGUAUACCCUGAAGUGCUGUUUGAGGUUGCUCAUCAGUGGUUCUGGCUCUAUGAACAGACCGCAGGCGGCUCAUCCACAGCCCGUGAAGGGGCUACAAGCUGCAGCGGCAGUGGGAUGAGGGCUGCUGGGGAGGCUGGGCGGGGGCUGCCUGAGGGCAGGGGUGCCCCAGGGACUGAACCUGUUACGGUGGCUGCAGCAGCAGUGACAGCCGCAGCCACAGUGGUUCCAGUCAUCUCAGUGGGGUCCAGUUUAUAUCCAGGUCCAGGACUGGGGCACGGUCACUCCCCGGGCCUGCACCCCUACACUGCUCUCCAGCCUCACCUGCCCUGCAGCCCUCAGUACCUCACUCACCCAGCCCACCCUGCCCACCCCAUGCCUCACAUGCCCCGGCCUGCCGUCUUCCCUGUGCCCAGCUCUGCAUACCCACAGGGUGUGCAUCCUGCAUUCCUGGGGGCUCAAUACCCCUACUCAGUGACUCCUCCCUCACUUGCUGCCACUGCUGUAUCUUUCCCUGUCCCUUCUAUGGCUCCCAUCACAGUCCAUCCCUACCACACAGAGCCAGGGCUCCCACUGCCAACCAGUGUGGCCUGUGAGUUUCUGGGACAGGGAGCAGUGAGCAGUGUCCACCCGGCAUCCACAUUUCCAGCCAUCCAGGGUGCCUCACUGCCGGCUCUGACCACGCAGCCCAGCCCUCUGGUAAGCGGAGGUUUUCCACCGCCCGAGGAGGAGACACACAGCCAGCCAGUCAGUCCACACAGCCUGCACCACCUGCAUGCUGCUUACCGUGUUGGGAUGCUGGCACUGGAGAUGCUGGGUCGCCGGGCACACAACGAUCACCCCAACAACUUCUCCCGCUCCCCCCCCUACACAGAUGAUGUCAAGUGGUUGCUGGGGCUGGCGGCAAAGCUGGGAGAUCGUCAUGGAGACGCUGCAGCGGCUGAACCCCAUUCAUGCCCACAACCAUCUUCGAGCCCCGGCCUUCCACCAGCUGGUGCAGCGCUGUCAGCAGGCAUACAUGCAGUACAUCCAUCACCGCUUAAUUCAUCUGACCCCUGCCGACUACGACGACUUUGUGAAUGCGAUCCGCAGCGCCCGCAGCGCCUUCUGCCUGACCCCCAUGGGCAUGAUGCAGUUCAACGACAUCCUGCAGAACCUCAAGCGCAGCAAACAGACCAAGGAGCUGUGGCAGCGGGUCUCUCUCGAGAUAACCACCUUCUCCCCCUGAGUCUGGCCCCUCUAGGGCCCUAUGUAGGGACGCAGGCCUGUGGCUAUGGGGGCCCCUCCCACAGAGGGAGUGACUCUUGGCUGGACAGAUCAUCCCCACUCAGCUCCCUGGUAGCCCAGACUGGCAGCUGCUCUUGGGCUGUAGCUUGGGGCCAAGAUGUCUCAGACCUUAGAAGCUUAGGGCUGGGGGAGACAGCCUUGUCUGGGAGAGGGCGUUGGGUGGCCUCUGGUAUUUAUUUGGCAUUUAUAAAUAUAUAAAGUCCUUUUUUACUCUA